AUGAGGAAUGGUCUCUGUAUAUUCUGUCAGAAUCGACGACCGGCACGUAUCGGGUUUCAGCAAUCCACUGCGUUGGGGGUUGUUUCGGUUCGGACGGUGGCUACAUCCUCAGGCUCGGCGCCCUCGGCAGCACCUUCAGCGCAAGACCUCUUCGCGGCCCAGACUCCGGAUAUAUCCAAUCAUUAUACCAUUUUUCCAAAUACCUUACCGCAGGGCCCUCCUCCAGCAAGCCCGUUCGAUAUCCCUAUUCCAAAUCUCCGUCGGGAGUUCUUAGCGUUGCAGGCUCUCGUCCAUCCUGACAAGUACCCAUCGGGAGCUACCAAACAGCGGGCCGAAGCUCUCUCUGCGCAUAUAAACGAUGCGUAUCGUACUCUCUCCGACCCUUUGACCCGGGCGCAGUAUCUGCUCCUAUUCCAACACGGGAUCGACGUGACCUCCGAGAACGGCGCGAAGACUCACCCUCAAGACCCCGAAACGUUAAUGCAAGUGCUAGAAACACAAGAGAUGAUUGAAGAAGCAGAGAAUGAAGCGACAAUUUCGGGCCUGAAAAGCGAAAAUGAAGGACGGGUCAAUGAGACGGUACGAGCACUGGGAGCUGCCAUCGACCGAGGAGAUGUCGACGAAGCAGUGAGGGAGUGCGUGCGUUUGCGAUUCUGGUAUAGCAUUCGUGACGUCCUGAGGGAGUGGGAGCCCGGCAUGAGGGAUGUACGAUUGGUGCACUAAAUUGGGCAACAGGGAUCCCAAGGCGUAGCUCUGAUUCCAAACAGGCCUCGCGCCUUGAAUAACGGAGUGGCAGGACCCAAGUCUACAGCCACUGCGGGAAUAGCACUCCGUUAUCUAUCCGGCUACCUGGACAUUUUGUUUAUUUUGACUUUCCUUGGUCAUCGGGUGGCCUGAAUUCGGAAACUCUUCUAUCCGCUCAAGCACUUCGGCCAGCAUGAGAGCGAUUUGUAAUGUAGAACGCCUAUACCCCUGCGUUUGGAUGGCUAUGAAUGUCGACCUG